AUGCUGCUCGGAGCGCCCAGGCUGUGCGCAUCCCGUGCGGCCGCCGCGGCGCAGAGAGAAGACGACGGCGACAGGCUGGGCGGGGACAUGGACGAGUCGUCGCUGCUGGACCUGCUGGAGUGCUCCGUGUGCCUGGAACGCUUGGACACGACGGCCAAGGUGCUGCCCUGCCAACACACCUUCUGCCGCCGCUGCCUGGAGAGCAUCGUGAGCUCGCGUCGCGAGCUGCGCUGCCCCGAGUGCCGCAUCCUGGUGGGCUGCGGCGUGGACGAGCUGCCCGCCAACAUCCUGCUGGUGCGCCUGCUGGACGGCAUCCGCCAGCGGCCCCGCGCCGGAGCCAGCCCCGGCAGCAGUCCGCCCGCGCGUCCUGGCUCGGGCCCCAGCCCCGCUCCGGGGGCGGCCUCGGUGCUCGCGGGUGGCGGGGGUAGCUCUCCUGGCUCCCCAGUCCUCCUCCCCGCGGCGACCGGCGCCACCUCCAGCCUGCGCGAGCUGGCGACCAGCAGGAGCACGCCCCCAGCAAAGGGCCCUCCCCCACCACCUGCCGGCAAAGCCCUGCUCAACCUCGAGGGGACAGAGCCUGGGGAGCUCAGGUGCAGCGACGGGGAAGCUGUCGUCCUACAGCGCCGGAGCGACGAGCUCUGGUACCAUGGCCUCCUGCCUGCCGGCUUCGUCCAGGGCGUGCGGCCGCUGCCCCCAGCUCCGCCCCAGGGCAAAGCACUCUAUGAUUUCGAGAUGAAGGACAGAGACCAGGACAAAGACUGUCUGAGCUUCAGCAAGGAUGAAGUCUUGACCGUAAUCAGAAGAGUGGAUGACAACUGGGCAGAGGGCAAGCUGAGAGACAAGAUUGGGAUAUUCCCACUGCUAUACGUGGAGCUCAAUGAUGCCGCCAAGCAGCUGAUGGAGAUGGACAAGCUGGGCCUGGCCUCAGCGUCCGGCUGCCUUGCCUCCCUACCCUCUGACGCCGGCGCAGUGGCCAGCGUGGCCCCAGGUCCCACUUCUGGCAGCACGGGGGCAGUCAGCGCCUUCCAGCGGCGUGUGGACAGCAAGAAGAAUGCCAAGAAGCGGCACUCCUUCACAGCACUCAGCGUGACGCACAAGUCCACCCAGGCCAGCGGCCACAGGCGCUCCAUGGAGAUCAGCGCCCCUGUGCUCAUUAGCUCCAGCGACCCCCGGGCCGCGGCCAGGAUCGGGGACCUGGCGCACCUGUCCCGAAGUGCUCCUGCCCAGGACUCCUCGGCUGGAUCCACCCCAGCAACUGAACAGCAGAGCAUUGCUCCCAGAGUCCAGCUGCCUCUCAAUGUGUACCUGGCACUCUACGCCUACAAGCCCCAGAAGAGUGACGAGCUGGAGCUGCGCAAGGGCGACACAUACCGUGUCCUGGAGAAGUGUCGGGACGGCUGGUUCAAGGGCACGGCCCUGCGCACCGGACUCUCGGGCGUGUUCCCUGGCAACUAUGUGACACCCGUCUCCAGGAUUCCUGUAGGAGGGGCUGGGCCACCCCGGAAUAAUGCAGUCGGAGGGUCUCCCCUGGCCAAAGGGAUGGCCACAACCAUGCACCCAGGUGGUGGGAGUCUGAGCAGCCCGGCCACGGCCCUGAGGCCAGCCCUUCCCCUUACCACAGCCCAGGUCCCGGCCCAGCACCAGGCUGCCUCUCCCCCACUGGGCAGUUGUCUGCGGCACACAGUCCAGCCAGCGGCCAGCCAGGCCCGGAGCGCCGGCCCCCCUGCUGCCCACCCAGCCCAGAUCCAGGGCCGGCCGACCGCUACGGUGUCGCCCCUGCGCUCUCAGAACUCCCCGUCUCGCCUGCCCGCUGGCCUCAGGCCCCCCGCCUUGGGGUCGCCUCAGCAUAGCCCCCAGCCAGUGACGCAGUGCCCCCGUCCGGCCAUCCCACUCGCCUCGGCAGCCUCAGCCGUCACCCCUCCCAACGUCAGCGCCGCCAACCUCAAUGGGGAGGCUGGAGGGGGCACCGCCGGGGGCCUGACUGCAUCCAGCCCCACCAGCGGGGGAGGCAGACCAGACGAGAGGAAAAAUGAGAAGAAAGACAGGAAGAGUGGGCUGCUGAAGCUGCUGGCCGGUGCAUCCACCAGGAGGAAGUCGCGCUCCCCGCCAUCCACCUCUCCCACCCAUGACCCCCAGGCAGUGGACGCCUCGCUCCAGGGCGCAGUGGGGCCCGAAGUGUCCUUGCUGUCCAUCCACGGCAGGGCUGGGUCCUGUCCCAUCGAAGGCGAGAUGCAGGGCGCCUUGGGGAUGGAGCCACUGCACAGGAAGGCAGGCUCCUUGGAUCUGAGCUUCCCGUCACCCACCCAGCCGGCCGCGUUCUCCACAAUUGCUGUCCGCCCUGAGCCCAAGCCACUUCCCAGAGAGAGGUACCGCGUGGUGGUCUCAUACCCGCCCCAGAGCGAGGCAGAGAUCGAGCUGAAGGAGGGGGACGUGGUCUUCGUGCACAAGAAGCGUGAGGACGGCUGGUACAAGGGGACCCUGCAGAGGAACGGCCGCACUGGCCUCUUCCCCGGCAGCUUUGUGGAGAGCUUCUGA